AUGGCAGACCUAACAACUCCUUCGGCCUGGACCAGACUCAUCAACAGCUCCUUGGACCCAAGUGUCGCAGAUGACAACGGCUACAGAUGCGUAUUUGAUGAGGACUUCAAGUAUGUCCUGCUGCCCGUCUCCUACGGCAUCGUGUGUGUGCUGGGGCUCUUUCUCAACCUGCUGUCCCUCUACCUCUUCAUCUUCAGGAUCAAGACCUGGAACGCCUCCACCACAUACAUGUUUAACCUGGCCGUGUCUGACACCCUCUAUGUGGUCUCCCUACCCCUCUUGGUGUAUUAUUAUGCCAUGGGGGACAACUGGCCUUUCAGCGUGGGCUUGUGUAAGAUAGUCCGCUUCUUGUUUUACACCAACCUCUACUGCAGUAUCCUCUUCCUCCUCUGCAUCAGCAUCCAUCGAUUCCUGGGCAUCUGCUUCCCGCUGAAGUCGCUGCAGUGGGGACACGUUCGCUACGCCCGGAGGGUGUCAGUCCUCGUGUGGGUCGUGACUGUGGUGUGCCAGUCUCCUGUGCUCUUCUUUGUCACCACCAGCGUGAAGCGUGACACCAUCACCUGCCACGACACAUCCAGCAAAGACCUCUUUGGCCAGUUUGUCAUUUACAGUUCGGUGAUGCUGGUGCUGCUCUUCUGCAUCCCUUUCCUCAUCAUCAUCAUCUGCUACUGCCUCAUGGCCCGGAGGCUGCUGCAGCCCACAAGGGGGAUGUCCCGUCUGUCCCGAUCCAAAAAGAAGUCGGUCAAGAUGAUAAUUAUUGUCUUGAUGGUCUUCAUCGUCUGUUUUCUUCCUUUCCAUGUCACUCGUACCUUGUACUACUCCUUCCGGAGCUGGGACUUGAGCUGUCAGACCCUCAAUGCCAUCAAUUUAGCCUAUAAGUUGACUCGUCCCCUUGCUAGCACCAAUAGCUGCUUGGACCCCAUAUUGUAUUUCUUAGCAGGACAACGCUUCAUGAAGUUUGCAGGCAGCAAGAUGCCAGGGAAGCCUCCAAAUGAAAUGGCAUUGGGCAUCAUGCCCAACAGUCACCUGGAAAACAGCAAUGACACGGACACGUUGUCCAAGGAUGUGAAAUCCUAG